AUGGAGAAGGAAGGAUGGGAUAAUGGGACAUCACCAUUGGGGUUCCUCCUGGUGGGAAUAGGGAAUGUUCCCAAGCACCAAAUGGCACUCUUCCUCCUCUCGCUCAUCAUCUACUUGGUGACUGUGGCUGGGAACAUCCUCAUUGUUGUGCUGGUGGUGGCAGAGCAGCAUCUGCACACCCCCAUGUACUUCUUCCUGGGCAAUCUCUCCUCCUUGGAGACCUUCUACAGCUCCACCAUCCUGCCCCGGCUGCUGGCCAGCUUCCUGACCGGGGACAGGACCAUCUCUGCUGACGGCUGUGUGUCUCAGUUCUAUUUCUUUGCCGCUUUGGCAACGACUGAGUGUUACCUCCUGGCAGCCAUGUCCUAUGAUCGGUACUUGGCCAUAUGCCAGCCCCUGCUCUACACAAGCCUCAUGACCUGGAAGGUCUGUCUACAGCUGGUGGCUGGGUCUUGGCUCCUGGGACUGCUGGUCUCCACGGUCCUUACUUCUCUCUUGCCCCCGUUACAGUUCUGUGGCCCCAGGACCAUCGACCACUUCUUCUGUGAUUUUACCCCGUUGCUGGAGUCAUAG